GACUUGACUGAAAUGUUUGUAAUAAAAUUUCAUAAUGAUGCAAGUGUGAGUAGUGUGCGGGAUUUAGACAUAUUUUCAAGUUUAUACUGAACUUUUAUUCCAUGCACCUAUGAAUGAUUCAGGUGCGCGAGGAACUAUAUUUUGUAUUUAGCCUUUCUCAUACUGCCAAAUGUGAAAUGUUCCAGCUAGUAGAGAUCUUUAUUUAAUGCAAGUAGGCAUUUUCAUCUUGCACCAGUGUGGUCUGCAUUUCUUGUCAUUAUAAAUAUUACACCAUAACCAGCAGGAUUCGUGGAUGUGGAUGAUUUUCUGUUUAUUAAUUUCAUCAUAAAUCUUCUUGAAACAUGCAGUGAAGUUAUUCGGUCACUGUUUGUUCAUCUUCAGACUUCAGACCGAUGUCGUAAUUCAAGAAAUUCAGUAAAAUAGUGGUUAAAUGAGUGUUUUCAAUCGCUCUCCACAGGAGGCGCACUUGAGGAGCAGCUCUAGUCCUCUAAACAGCACCGGCAGCACUGCAGACAGCGACGGAUGGGAGAACCAGAGGCUGGGCUGCGGCCUCUUGUCUCUGGACGAGCCUCCUCCAAAAAACCGCAAGAGCUUCACUGGAUUCAAAAGACCCACGAGCGAGGAUUCAGAGCCUCAGAAGCGUCCGAAAUCAGCAGGUCUUCUGCUGGAGGGUCGAACGAAGGCCGACAAGGUGAAAAAGAAGAAGAAGAAGCUGAGAACGAGUAAGAAUGAGGAAUUGAGAUCUUUCGCCCCAUUUACUCCUCCCAGUGCCGAAGGUGAGAUCUCCAGUUAUGGGUGUACCAUCAAAGAAGAACCGGAAGAUUACCUCAGCAUCCCCGUACCCACCGCCGGCAUAGGUGGAGACCUGCCAAAGCACACUGGCACGUGUUCAAAACCUGCCUCGGGUUCACUGGCCACCGCAAUAUGCAAAGAGGAGCCUGAUGUGGGCCGUCCUUGCUGGAACGGUUCUAAAAGUUCAAGUCCAAAGUCGGAGGAUGUCGAGAAACCCUUACAAACUCAAGAAGAGGCAGUAGUCUCUGAAGGUUUUUCUGGUAAAAGGACUGUGGUCCGUCAGGGGAAACAGGUGGUGUUUAGAGAUGAGGAUGGAUCGGAGGAUGAUGAGGACAUCAUGGUGGAUUCAGAUGAUGACUCCUGGGACCUAGUGACAUGUUUCUGCAUGAAGCCGUUCGCCGGGCGGGCAAUGAUCGAAUGCAACCAGUGCAACACCUGGAUCCACCUCUCUUGUGCCAAAAUCCGCAAGUCCAACGUCCCUGAGACGUACAUCUGCCAGAGCUGCAAAGACACAAAGUUUGACAUUCGCCGCUCCAAUCGCUCAAGAGUGGGCUCUCGAAAACACCUUCUCGACUGAUGCCGCUCUUCUCCUUCUGCCCAUCCACAUGUACAGAAACUCGUAAAAUUGUCGUCUUGAUGACGAGACUCAAUGAGUUCGGAAGAGGGAGGGAUCAGUGACCUGCUUGCAUCACUUUUUUUUGUUUGUGUUUUUAAUAUUUCUCACCUUCCUAAAUGUUUGCGUCAAUCAAUCAAUACUAGGAUGAUGCAUUAACUGGAGCAGAUUUCUGCCGGACAGACGGACAGUUGCAGUUGUGAUGGUACACAGCUGAAGGUUCGACACAUUCGGAGUUGUGCUGGAAAGAAGGGACUGGGGUGUCGGAUUGCACUUUUUUAAGAACAAAGGGGUAGCUAGAGAUUCCCCUUUGUACCCAUAGCUUUCAAAAGUAUGUCUAUUAGUCAAAGUGUGCAUAUUAUAUGAAAUAACCAUAAGAUAUUAGUGUUCAAGGUGUUUAGACUCAUCAUUUUGUGUGGAUCUUUUCUGAGACCCCCAAAUGUGUGAGGGAAAGAGUUCUGUUUGUUGGAUAAUGUUGAACGUGUUUUCAUCAGCAGUCACUGAUGAUUUGGAGUGAAACAUCAGAAACGGUUCUUGCUACAUUGUGGUAUUUCUUGAUUAUUAUUUUUAAUUUUUGGCAACAAAUUGGUGGUAAGAGACUGUCAUUUCUAUUUUUUGAUAAUUUCUGCAUUUUCUGCCCUUCAUUGAACAAGAAACUUUUUGUUUGCAUGUUGUAAUGUUUUACUAAACAGGAUGAUAUAUAGAUUUUUUUUUUUUUCUCCAAGAAGAUGUUUAAUAUGUAAAUUAUGUGAGUCAUUACAGGUUAGGGAAGGGAUGGAUAUCCUUACUGGGUGAAUCUCAGAAUCUCACAAAAACAUAUCCAGGGCACAUUUUACCCCAUAAGUUAUAUAUAUAUUCCCCAUUAUUCUCUGUGGUGAUUCUAUUUAUAUUGUCAUUUCUGAAAGAAUUUAGCUUUUCAUUUUCUUGGGAAAAUAGUAAUAAUGCACAUUUUGUGGAACAAUAUCACUUUGGCAUGUUCUUGUCAGGUUUUGUGAGAUACUCUGUAUUGCCAAAGGGAAGAACAUUUUUGCCUGCAUCUGCUGAAAUGCCAUGGCUUACUUAGUAGUAGUCAUAUUUACAUUCAAAACACUGAACUGCUAUUAUCUGGUCUACAAAUCUUGGGUUUUCAGAACUUGCUGGCGGAGCUUGUAUUCGGAGGAAUCAUUCAUAAGGGUGUAAUUCUUAAUCGAUGAGUCUGUUUUCAUGUUCAUAGGCAUGCUCUGAUAAAAAUGUGUGAUUGUGUUCUAUUAGCUGGUCCACUCCCAUCACAAAAAGCAUAGGUUUGUUUCUUGAAGACAUUUUUUUUUUUUUUAUCUCAUGCGAGUUGGUUUUCAUCUUCAGAAUGUACUGUUCUUCUAGAUGAGAUAAACACUGCAGAGAAGAUA